AUGGAAAACGCACAAAAUGCCUUAGGGAUGAUGAUAUUUCAGAUUCUAAACAAUCAAGUGAGAAAGACUUGUUUCGAAAAAUGUUUUGGUCAAAAAUUUUCCGAGCAGAUGGGGAAGAAUGAGCAAAUAUGUUUAGCUAAAUGCAUGGAUCGAAUGUACGAGACACACACUAUUGUAACCAAGGCAUCUUCCGAAAUUUCUCAAAAUUUGAACGUUGACACUAAUUAUUGA